GAUCGGGUCUCACCUUUGAAUCAUCCUCUGUCCGCCGCUUCAUCCUUUCGAGCCAAUAUCACCGCUUCAUCGACUGCUGGUCACAUCUUUGGAUCCACCUACGAAAGAAUGAUCACUCGCUCGAUGCUUUUGCUGAUGGUUUCGAUCACGUUUCUAUUCACCCAACAGUCUCUCCAAGUGUCAGGCAAUGUUCUCCCCGACAAACGUGUCUCUAUGGGAUUUCAAGGAAUGCGUGGGAAAAAAAGUGUCAUCUCUACGGACCACGAAGAACUUUCGAAACGAGCACCCAUGGGUUUCCAGGGUAUGCGUGGGAAAAAAAUCCCAGCGUUCGUUCCUGUCGAAAACGAAUUCCUUACGGAGGAUACCAACAAGCGUACACCAAUGGGAUUUCAAGGUAUGAGAGGGAAAAAGAACAAUUUAGCAAACGACUUUCAAGAUACUUACUUGCUCGAGGACUACGAGAAAAGAGCACCGAUGGGUUUUCAAGGUAUGAGAGGGAAGAAGACAUCGAUAGAGGAUGAAUAUUACAAGCGUGCCCCGAUGGGAUUUCAAGGAAUGAGAGGGAAAAAAUCCCUCGAACAGAUAUUGAAUGAACUUAAAAAGAGGAGUACAAUGGGAUUAUUCCAAGAUUUAAGGGGCAUGGAAACAUAUCAGGACGAUUAUCCGGAAGAUUACGAAAAGAAAAUGCUCUCGAUGGAUGAAUAUCGAAAUAUUCGUGAUAAGGAGGAAUUUCUGAGGGAGUGGGAGAAAAGAGCUCCAAUGGGAUUCCAAGGGACGAGAGGCAAGAAAAUGAUUCUUGACGCACUCGGAGAUCUCGAUAUUCAUGGGGUGCAAGGUAAUCAAGAUACGUUCGACAAUUACCUAGAUUAUUCGAUCAAUCCGUUCGGCGGUGAUUACAAAAAAAGCGAUAUGGAUUUUCAAGAUAUCGAAGGUGGUAGCGAAUUGUUGAAAGGGGCUCGAAUGGGCUUUCACGGGAUGAGAGAUAAGCGGGACGCAACAAAAAUUUAUGGGCCUAAUUCGAGCAUUGCAAGAACGACGAUGGGUUAUCAAGAUAAUCUAAUGAGUAAUCGAAGAAACGAUUUGGCCGCGUACGAAAUUGAAAAACGAUCGCCCCUCAGAUAUCUUGGUGUUAGAGGUAAAAAGAAUCCACGAUGGGAAUUCCGUGGUAAAUUUGUAGGGGUCAGGGGUAAAAAAUCGUCGACUUUGCAAACUAUUGGACAAGGACAAGCCGUCUUUUAAUGCAUUCCUCUGUGACAUUCAAAGGAUACGUACGAAUUAAGAGAUUCGUGAAUGUUAUUAUUAGGUACUUAGUGGGAAUACUGCUGCUCCUGUUGGUGACAAGAAUAGCGACAACAACAAAUAAUCACUGUGUAAAACUAGUCUUCUCGUUUAAACGUGUAUUAUAUAC